GAGUGGCUGCACAGACAACGAUACACGUUUCCACCAAACCCUAUUUAUCGUUGGAGUACCGAAUUACAUGUUUUUCCCUCUCUGAUAUUUAGCAACUACCCCCAACCAUCUACUUCCCAUUCUUUUUGAAUGCAUAGCCAGCCCAACCACCUUGAAUAUUUAUACAUAACCUCACCAAUAUUCUUCCCCAAUAUUGUUCCUCUGCACCAAAUUCUCAAUACCCAGAACCUCAUUUUUCACUUUCUCUUUUUCUUUUGUUUCUCUUUGUGCUAAAAUGGCUCCAGCUUCUUUAGACCAUUCCUCCAAUACAGUAUGUGUAAUGGAUGCCUCAGGUCACUUGGGCUCGUGCCUUGUUGAGCGUCUGCUUCAAAGAGGCUAUACAGUUCAUGCUGCAGUUCAAAGCCAUGGUGAACUGAGAUUGGAAGGACUUGCUUGUGAAAAGAAGGAGUUGAAGAUUUUCCAAUCUGACCCAUUUGACUAUCAGAGCAUAAUUGGUGCUUUGAGAGGUUGCACUGGCUUGUUUUAUACCUUUGAGCCUCCCCAGGAUCAACCCACUUAUGACGAAUUUAUGGCAGAAGUGGAGGUAAGGGCUGCACAUAACGUGCUUGAAGCUUGUGCUCAAACAGAGACAAUUGACAAAGUAGUUUUCACUUCCUCCAUCACUGCCGUUGUUUGGUCGAGAAACAAUCCAAACUCUUCUUCUUCUGAUUUGGAUGAAAGACACUGGAGUGAUGUCAAUUUUUGUCGCAAUUUCAAGUUAUGGCAUGGCCUAUCAAAGACGACAGCGGAAAAGACCGCGUGGGCCUUGGCAAUGGACAGGGGUGUCAAUAUGGUGUGUAUCAAUGCGGGCCUACCGCUUGACCCUGAUUUGUCCAUCGAGCACCCUUAUCUGAAAGGAGCGGCUGAGAUGUACGAAGAUGGCACAUUCGUGACCGUCGAUCUCGAUUUCUUGGUGGAUGCCCACAUCUGUGUUUUUGAAGAUGUCUCAUCCUACGGUCGAUAUCUUUGCUUCAACCACGUCAUCAAUCGUCCUGAGGAUGCUUUGAAUCUUGCUCGCAAGUUGAAGCCCUCAGCGCCUUCACACCCUCAAAGCUAUGAGCAGGAUAAGAAGAUCAUCCAACAAAAAAUCAGCAACAAGAAAUUGAACAAGUUGAUGGUCGAUUUUGAGAGUGGACCCACAAUGGAAUGACGUGUAAUUUCCAUGCUUUAUUUGGUGGUUAUAACAAGCAUGUAUAAUCAAGAGUGUUUUUAGCAUAAAAAAAUAAAUAAUCAAUAGUGUUUUCUUCAAGAAAAUGAAAAUGACAAGAAAAAGCACAUUUACUGCAUUUUUACUUUGUACACCUUUUUUUUCUCAAUAGCCAAAAAGGACAACCUUAAAAAAAAAAAAAAAAAAACAGAAGGAAAGAAAAGGGUUGUUGCAAGUCUAAGAUCUCCUCUAAAUUUAAAGGUUUCCAAUAUAUCUCGAGUUUUAUUAUAUAUUACAAGUAAUUAUUCAUGGGA